AUGAAAGGCUUAAUCGACCUCGGCGGGACUCGAACCUACGACCUCGCGGACGUUAGAAAUGAGUUAUUCCAGCUGAGCUAUGCCGCCCUCUCUUCAGGACACCUUGAUUCAAGAAAAGUUCGAUUUGGAAAAAAAUAUGAGCUACCCUGAUAACCCCUGUUGAAAAAGGUCGAAGAAUUUUUCCACGAAUAUCCAUAUUUUAGGCAAUCCCAUUUUUCUUCAUCCUCCUCUGCACUGCUUGCAUGUGCGCCGUGUACACCAACUCGAUCGUCUUCCAUUCGACGAUCAAUUUCCUGCACGCCUUCGAAAACGCCUCUUCUUCUGAUUGUACAGUUUACUUCACGCCUCUCAGUCUUUUGAGAAAAAAUAAUGAUUCAUCAUAAAGUUGCAAAAAAAAUGGCUCAAAGCGUUUUUUUGUCCCUCAAAGCUGCCCGCGACCUUGAAAAGCUUUUAUUUUUGAUCUGAAGAUGUCGAAAUGCGCAAGUAGUUUUCAGUCGGGCGCGCUUUAAUAGUUCGUUAAACUCGUGCUGAGCAACCUUGACUUGGGCCGGUCAAAAAAAUUUUCCAUAUGACGUCAUGGGAACAACAGGGAAUAUUAAAGGCGCAUGCUCAAUGGGUCAUGAGACGAAACGUUUCCUCAUUUGAGAAAAACGCAGAUGCCGUGUUCCAAGAGAUUCCGCGGAAUUCAAAAUAGCGGCCAGAGAAAUGAAUUUCGGAAGAUCAGAGAUGGUUUUGAAUAUUGCGAAAAUUACAUUGAACACGGCAUGUGUUAGGGCGCCGCAGUGCACACACACUACACACUACACUUUACGAAAAAUGGGUAGAGGGUCGUCAAAAAAACACCGUGUUCCAUGACCCUGUGAGCUAGAUAAAAAAGAGCGCUGGUCAGAAUUUACCAGUCGUGGCGGUUCAACUAUAUCUGACGUCUGUAUCUUUUUUUAAGAUUACGAAGAAGUAGACGUGCGGAUGAACGCUUCGACCUUACAGUCCUACAACGUCGUCACCCGCAAAGUCUACUAUCUUUCCAAUCCCCAGAAAGAGUCUUUGAUUACGGUGACUUCCAUUGGAACUGCAGUUGCUGCGGCUCCCAUAGCAUACGCCUAUAAUCAUAUGGGGUUCAGGUGA